AUGUCCGGCGCAAGGCAUUGGGAGCAAGACAAAGAGGCCACCGUCUACAUCGGAAACCUCGAUGAACGGGUCACAGAUAGCCUGGUAUGGGAGCUGAUGCUGCAGGCCGGGCGCAUCGUUAACGUUCACCUACCGAAAGAUCGAGUCACACAGUCGCAUCAAGGCUACGGAUUCGUGGAAUUCAUCAGCGAGGAAGAUGCUGAAUACGCGUCGCGAAUCAUGAACGGAAUCCGCUUGUAUGGAAAGCCCAUCCGCGUCAACAAAGCAUCGGCCGACAAGCAAAAGUCGGUGGAGAUUGGAGCAGAGCUAUUCGUCGGCAAUCUUGAUCCCAUGGUUACGGAACAAGUUCUUUAUGAUACGUUCAGCCGCUUUGGAAACUUGGUCAAUAUUCCCAAGAUUGCGCGAGAUGAUAACAAUCUGUCAAAGGGCUAUGGAUUUGUGUCUUUCGCCGACUUCGAGUCUUCAGACGCGGCCAUAACCAACAUGAACGGCCAAUAUCUUAUGAACAAGCAGGUCUCCGUGCAAUACGCCUAUAAGAAGGAUGGGAAAGGUGAACGCCACGGUGAUGAAGCAGAACGAAUGCUGGCAGCACAGGCUCGCAAACAUAACGUGCGCCCGCCAACCCAGCCGCUACCUCCUCAAUUCUCCAACCCAGGGACACCUAUGGUGCCUGCUGCGAUGGCCAAUGGUGACAGCUCUCGGCCAAUGAGUACUAAUCCACCGGACCUUAAUAUGGGCAGAGGCAUGGCUCCUCCGAAUGUACCGUUCCAAAACGUACCUCCUCCACAAGCAAGCCGACCUGUUCCACCUCCUGCUUCUCUGGCGAACCCACCCCCCGGUUUACCAGCACGGCCGCCGCCUUCUCAGGCCGGAUAUGGGGGGCCGCAGGCUUUCCUCCCACCGGGAUUCAAUGGUGCUGGUCAACAACCUCCCUUCCCUCAAGCAGCACCUCCGCCAGGCUUCGCUCCCCCAGGGUUCGGUUCACCGGCAGGAACUCCUGGUCCUCCACCUCCGUUGCCCCCGGGAUUCCAGCAACCUGGCUAUGGGCGCGGGCGCUGA